AUGGCCACCACAACAUCAUGUGAUUUCUCAUCGUUGGAAUCUAUUCAGCACUAUCUUCUUGAUCUUGAACCCGAUUCCAACACUCUCACGAACGUUCCCAACCACCAAAUUUACUACUCUCCAAGGUACGAUCCUUUCCCAAGCCCUACUUUGGAAGGUGUCCAUGGUGCAAAGGGUUUGUUGGCCUGCAAAAUAGAACACUCCAAAAAGGCGCGUGAGUUUCACGCGCCACCGGUAUGGAAGCGGUUCCGAGGCGUGAGACGUAGGCCUUGGGGGAAGUUCGCGGCGGAGAUAAGAGAUCCAAAGAAGAAUGGUGCGAGAAUUUGGCUUGGAACUUAUGAAACCGAAGAAGAAGCUGGUUUAGCUUAUGAUAAAGCUGCGUUUAAGAUGCGUGGAAGUAAAGCUAAACUGAAUUUUCCUCAUCUUAUAGACUCUUAUGUGUCUCUGAAGCCCGUUCGAAUCACGAAAGUUUCAAAACAAAACUCGUUGGAACCUUAUUCAUCAUUCUCACCAGAGGCAGAAGGGUCAAAGAAGAAGAAAAACUUGGUUGAGUUGUUGAAUAGAUUGGCCAAGAGUAGAAGACAAGUGCAUGUGUUUGAAACAAGUUUGCAUACAAAUGAUAUCAAUGUUCAUCAAUAG